AUGCCGCCAAUAAUGAAUAAGCAAGAUGAGCCCUGCAUCAUUAAUGGCUUUCGAGAAGACGUAUCAUGGGAAGAUGGCGUCGACGAUCCUACCUUCCAAAUCUGCCUAUUGCCAGGCGGGCACGAGAUUGCUUUUUCCUUUCCCAUGUCCUGGAAGUGUUUCAACAGCAUGCUGUAUACGGACUUGGAGUACUUUGCACAGUACCUGAUUGCACAUCGCGCCAAGUAUUAUGCGCACUAUUGCGCGCGCGGUGAGAUUCACAAGUUUGACGAUGUUACUCUAACACUGUCGAAAGUUUAUGAAGUGCUCGCAGAACGUUGCGGGGAAGUGGAGGAGAUCGCUCGAUAUAUGGCGAAUGUUCUUCAAAAAUGCCAUGGCGGUACGAGAGGUUCGGCAUCGCCAACGGUUAAGCAGACUGGUUCCCCAAACACGGGUACCGAACUUUCUUCCGAAUCAGAAUACGAAUCCGUGAGCUCUUUGAAACAUGCGAGUCUCGCACCUCCAUUGGCUGUUCCUAGUGGAGAUCACCCUUCUCAAAGCGCAACACUCCCUGUUACUCCAGGGCUUUCGGCUGAGGAGGUUUGCACAAAAGUGCACAUUGUUCCACUACGUGAUGGAGAACCUCUGGUAUUCGAAAUAAUGCCCAGUCCCUCGAAAGGUCGUGAAAAGGGUCGAGCGCAGAACAAACCUGCUCCUAGCGGAAAUGUCUCUCCUCAGAGAGCCACCUCACCAGAUGCAUCUAUCUUGAGGGCACCAGAUAAGGAUGUGCGUUCAAGACCACAUAUCGCUUCAGAGUCUGGCGAGAAACCCGCGGUUCUUGAAAAAGGGCACUUGCGCCUAAAGAAUUGCAAAACAUGCCAGAUGCAAGACGAAUAUAUGCGCAGCGCAAACCCACCGCGUGAACUCAAGCGGGUUCCCGUACUCGACGUUGCCGGCUUGAUUGCCAAUGUCGAGAUCCGCCUUCUUGAGCUGCGUUCUCCUCACCGGUUGCCCGAUCCUAUCUGUGAAACAAUUGAGCAGGUACUGUACUCCGAAACUUCGAAGUACUGCGAGCGGUCUACUACGAGAAAUGACAUGAUCUUUGAAACUGUUGUAUUCAUGAGGUUCUGGCAUGAACAUGUCAUGGAGAAAGGGGAAUUCCCGGAUGACGUUUGCUACGCCAUUGUUGACGAACUCAUUUAUGAGUCCGAUGAUCUGCUGAAUUUGUUUUCUGACUUAGGUAGGGUGCGUCGGAGGAGGUUUAAGGAAGAUUUCAGUGCACGGAGUCGGGCGGAUGGUUAG